AACGAGAGGCUUCGAAGCUCCUCCGAAAUGAACACCAUUUCGCUUCGCUUCGAUCCCUCUUCUCUCCCUUCUCUCCUCCAACCUCGACGAAUCCCUCAAUCCAAGCACGAAAACCCGUAAAUCUCUUCUCAAUCUCAAUCAUCAAUCAUGCCCCCAAAUCCCUCUCUCUCACAAGCCCCGUUCAAGCCCGCCAUUGGAGAAGCUCGGCCUCUAUCUUCACUGUGGAACCAUUCUAUCAUCUAUGGGGGUGGCGCCGGCUCUGGCUGUCACUGGAGUUAACGAUGAGAUUGAUUUGUAUUCCCUUUUGGUGUCCGGAGGCAUCAUCUCGUUCUUCUAUUUCAUUGUCAUGCCGCCUAUCAUCAUGAACUGGAUGAGGUUGAGGUGGUACAAGCGAAAGUUCGUGGAGAUGUAUUUUCAAUUCAUGUUUGUGUUUCUCUUCUUCCCAGGGUUGAUGUUAUGGGCUCCAUUUCUGAACUUCAGGAAGUUCCCAAGAGAUCCAACAAUGAAGUAUCCCUGGUCUACUCCCAAUGAUGAUAAUAUCCCAUUGUACAAAGACAGAUAUGAAAAAUUAUGAUAAUAUUAAUAUAUAUAUAUAUA